AUGGACAACACACUGCAUACGUACGUUGAAAUCGACAAUACACUGCACACGUACGUUGAAAUAAACAACACACUGUACACGUUCGUUGAAAUUGACAACACACUGCACACGUACGUUGAAAUCGACAACACACUGCACACGUUCGUUGAAAUCAACAACACACUGCACACAUUCGUUGAAAUUGACAACACACUGCACAUGUACAUUGACAUCGACAACACAUUGCACACGUUCGUUGAAAUCGACAACACACUGCAGACGUUCUUUGAAAUGGACAACACACUGCACACGUUCGUUGAAAUCGACACCACACUGCACACGUACGUUGGAAUCGAUAACACCCUGCACAAUUACGUUGACAUCGACAACACAUUACCGAAGACUGUUAGUCAUAAUAAUCUAUCCAAUGUUGCAGCUGACUCCUUCCAAGCCUUUCUGAAUCUUGAAAGACUGGAUGUGAGCAACAAUUUAUUAGAUUCUUUAGAUGUAAAUAUUUUUAACAAGUUGACGUCUCUGGAGGCAUUGAAUAUUAAUGACAAUCAGUUAACAGGCUUAUCUGAAAAUCUCUUCUCUAAUUUACCAUCUCUUACCAAUAUCGCACUUGGAAAUAAUCCUUACCUAUGUGACUGUGAUAUCGUAUGGAUUAAAGAGUUUGCUGCUAACAUCGAGGGCGCUGUUGACAGCAAUGAUGUCAUAUGUAAGGAACCCUAUUAUCUUGAGGGGGAGCCACUCAUGCAAGUAUCCAAUGCUGAUCUCACCUGCACCUCUGGAUAUGUUUCCUGUGAUGUGAUUAGUGGAAUUAGUCAUGUGACAUUUUACGACCAUGUUGAUGAUUCUGAAACCUAUUCUUUGGAAUCCUGCAACGAGCAUUGCUUUCUUCUUGGAUUCUCACACGCUUCCCUUUCUAUACAAUGUUUUUGUGGCAAUAUUGAAACAAACGUUCAAACAAGUACUUGCGGCGGAUCAUGUACGGAUUACACUAUAUCUGUGGAUUGCCAUCGCCACAUACUUCGGGAUGUUUUCAAAACCAGUUGUGGCAUCGUACUGGACGUAGUGACGACACGAUUGUCCUAUUUGGAAGAAAUAACACUAUCAGUGCAAACAAACAUACCUGUGGAUCUUUACACAUGGGACUUCGGUGACUAUUCACCAUCUACAAACAGCACUGUAAACGAACAAUCACACAAAUAUGCUUUACCUGCCACUUAUACAGUACUAGUGAAAGUCUACACAGAGAACAACAGUGACAGCGACAGUUUAAGUGUAACAGUUGAUGCCCCCAUAGUUGGUCCUGAAAUAAUUUGUCCGGUUUCACCUGUAUCAACAUCACAACCAUUGGACGUGAGUUUUGAGUUUGAGCAAGGCACACAUAUAACACUGGACUGGAUAACAUUCACUAUUAAUGAUAUUGGAGGUGCAGAAUACUAUACAACUGGAGUGUGUAGUUUUGAUAAUUUUCCAUUUUCUGCUUUGACGACUUCGUCCACUGCUAACUCAGGAACCAAUACAGUGGUUGUAGUGUUACCAGGCAUGUAUUUUGAGCGUACAGGUAAACUACUUAGUUGGGAGUUUAUCAGCAGCGACAGUGCUACCAAUGCUGAGCUACAUCUACAAGUUUACACACCUACUUGUCCUCAAGGACAAUUCCUUGUUCCACCAGGCUGCAGUGAGUUUUGCUCUCCAUAUGCUGUGUGCGUCAAUUCCAACUCGACUCCAGUGUGCACAACCCUUGAUGUAGCCCAGUGCUGGAUUACGCCACCUCGCUACCAAAAUGGAAACCAACCAAACUAUCUACUCAAAACUGAUAUUCCAGUGCAUGUAACCGCAACAGAAAAGACACAAUUUCAGGUUGUGCUCUUAGAUUCAAUUGAUGUGAGUGAGAACGAUGUCCUUGGGGUACAAUACGAUCAACAACCUGUGUACUGUCCGAACCAAUCUGGUGAGGAUUUAAGGUAUAGCGUCGUGAGAGCGUCGCAAUCAGCGUGGCUAUCUGUUGGAGAUACCGCAACAGGAUUGGACACAUGGAUUGAUAACAAAGACUGCUUCAUUCGUGCUGUUUACGUUACACCACUGGAAUACACACAACAUCAUCCUCAACUUUCACCGCCAAAUCUUACAGUUGGUACUACAAACUAUUUUAUAUCUGUCAUGAAUGUUUUGUCAGCUGAUGCGUUAAUAUGUAUCGUAGAGUUUCAAGAUUCUAUCGAGGAAUUGACGUUCAUUUAUCCAAUUAUUCAGCAAACAGGAACGUCGCCGAAUUCUGUCGGUACAGUUGUCGUACCGGUUAACGAGAUGAUAACUUUGACAGUGCUUGCCACGUCUGCUUCCGAUAUCAGGUCAGACAUGAGUUCUGAGUGGUAUUUCGAAGGUCCUACUUCGCCACAAACAUGGUCGCCAAUUGUUUUCGCUGAUGCCUGUCCAACAGCAGUGCGUACUCUUGUAUCAGAUUGUGAUACUGUUAGUAAAUUACCGUCCGUUGCAUCCUAUGCAUAUCUUGAGAAAACUUAUUAUCAAGCUGGUAGCCAUUCAGUUCAAGUAACUGCGUCCAAUCCUGUUAGUACUGAAGUUGUAUUUGUUGACGUACUUGUGGUGGAACUGAUCACAGGUUUGGAUUUGCAGAGGAGUGAGACUGUCCCAAUGCUUGUUGGCUAUCAACAAACUUUCACAGCAGUGACUGUUACUGGCACGUCAUUGGUCAGCCUGUGGAGCACUGACAACUGGAACUCUACGAUUUCAACUGGAAGUGAUCCCAACUUUCAGCAUAUUUUUUCAGAAGUUGGUGAUUACACAAUACAUGUGAACGUUUCAAAUGCUUUAGGUAGCUUUCAAUCUUCGCUACAUGUGACAAUAAGUGGCAUGCAACCACUAGCCAAUUUGACGUUUAUAUCGGCACCAAAUGUCGGUGCUGUUGAAACCGUGAUAACAUUUGAAAUUAAAUUUCAAGGGGACCAGUACUAUGAUGUCAAUGUUAGGUGGAACUUUAAUAAUAAUAUUUUUGACAGUACUUUAACUCCGUCCAUUGGUCCAACCAUAACUUCAAGGACCCAUAUUUUUAACACAGCUGGGAAUUACACAAUUAACGUGACUGUGUACAAUCAGUACGAUUCAUUAUCUGUGCAACAUGAAAUUGAAGCUAUUUACAGGAUAACCGCUGUACACAUAAAUGUUACAGACACUGUCUUUGCCACGCGACAACUAGUCAGUUUUGAAGCUCUACUAUCUGGUGCUAAUACAGCUAUGUUAUACAGCUGGGAUAUCUAUUAUGAUGCUUUGCUUGUUAGUCACAUAGAGAAUGAACAGUCAAUAUUCUCGCUUUGGAUUUCCCAACCUGGCAUCUAUGAAAUACAAGUAGAAGCAAGUAAUGCUGUCAGCAGUGCGAAGGAUUCAGUGACAGUUACGACAGAAGACCCAAUACGCGAUCUAGCGCUGAGUUAUGAUGGGCCGAGUCAGGAACUGUCACUGACAACUUUCCGUGCUAGCAUCAGCUCAGGCUCCAAUGUGAUGUAUUACUUAUCAACAGGAAUGGUGGGAGAUAAUGAGAUCUCCUCAUCAUCGGUGAACAUUUACUACUCUUAUCAAACUGCUGGAACUUAUACUGUGGUUUUACGAGCUGCGAAUUUGGUCAGCGAAGUACAGACAAGCAUGGAGGUUGCAAUUUUAGAUACGUUUUCACUAAAUGGUGUGACCGCUCCUGAGUGCGGUAUUGUUAAUGAAAUCACCUCGUUAGCAGUGCAUGUGAGUACAACAGACAGUCUCACAUAUAUGUGGAUAUUUGGGGAUGGUAGCCAAACGGAUGUAUUAGACAAUACAAGUGUAGAACAUACAUAUAUAUCUCCCGGAACAUUCCAAGUUAGUGUCACGGCCGUUGAUGCAGAUGGACACUCGCAGUCUCUUUCCAUCGAUGUGUGCAUUGAACGAAUAUUAUCUAUAAAUGACGUGGAUCUACAGACAUAUGACGUUGCACGUUCUAAUGUCCCAAUUACUUUUACAAUCAAUGCAACAAAUAUCGGUUCCUUUGACACCAGAUGGUUUGUCGAUGAUGUCGCUGUCGCUCAUGCCUCAGGCUAUCAGCUGAAUCAUACCUUUACAGCUUCAGGCAACCACGAGGUUGUAGCAAGUGUUCAUAACCAUGUAAGUCUCGUAAAUGUAUCUGUGACUAUCUUAAUCGAAGAUGAGAUCGCAGGAUUGGUGCUAGUGAAGACAGAUUUCAUCACUGAAAACUCGCUACUUGACUCCAUGUCCACAAAUCUCUAUGUUGAAUCAGGUAUAGAGUAUCUAUUUAAUGCAACGAUUAUUCAAGGAAGUGGUGUGACGUAUACAUGGUUGUUUGAAGGUUCUGUAUACCUCACUGGGGAAUCUGUUGCAUAUACACACUCUACUGAAGGGGUCUUUACUUCAGUGCUCACAGCAUCCAAUCAAGUCGGCAGUGAGGAGAAGACAUUUACAGUACAUGUGAUUGCCGGAGUCGAAGGAUUAACGAUUCUUAAUCAAAAUAAUGAUGUCGUUUUAGAAGGGGCAUCAGUGAGUUUUACUGCCACAGUUGAUAGAGGCGAGGACUUGGAAUAUUCCUGGGAGAUAUGUUUACCAUGUAACAUUCAACAUGUCAGUGCUAAUAAUACGUACCAACAUUCAUUUGACACUACUGGGGAGUACACAGUAAAAUUGACAGCCAGUAAUCGAAUCAGCUCAAUGUCUGCUAUUCACAGCGUCUCUGUUAUUGGCGAGAUCACAGGGCUACAAAUAUACAGCGACCUUGUAGAUGGAAUAUACGCUGAAAAAGAUUUACCAUACCCUUACAAUUUCACAGCCAAUUGUACCAAUGGUGUUAUACUGACAUAUUUCUGGUCAAUUGAUCAAUAUGGGCUUCAGCUACACACUGAUAAUACUCAAAUAACAAGUUUUAUCUUCACUCUUAUUGGUCCACAUCGCGUGGCUGUUAAUGCCUCGAACCUGAUCGAUACCGAGACUGAAGUUAUCACAGCUGAGGUCAUUGAACGAACUACAGAAUUGGAACUACGUCAUAAUGUAUCUGGAUCGACUGUUUUAGCUGGAGUGCCAAUUUUAUUCGAACUGACUUAUGCAACUGGUUCCAACUUAACCUACCAUUGGAAUAUGGACGAUCAUACUGGCACAGAAACAACCUUGGUUCCUUAUUUUCUAUACACGUAUGAUUAUGCAAAAAAUGUAAUUCCACUCGGGACAGCCUUAAACCCGAUAAGCGCAGAGACUGCGUUCACCUUUUUGCAGGUAAUAGAACCAAUUACAAACUUGCGAAUUGUGUUAAACACCAAUACUGGCUACUUUGUUCCCAUCACAGAAAAUGUUACCUACAAUGCAGUGUUUGAUACCGGAAGUCAUGAGACGUAUAACUGGACGUUCCCCACAGUUACUGGUUUGUCAUCGAAGAGUGUGACAUACUUCUUUGACAGCUUUGGAGUCUAUCCUGUGAGUGUGGAAGUUUGGAACGAGUUCACUCAUGCAGAGACCACAGUGCAGAUCACUGUUCAAGAGCCAAUAUCUGACUUGAAGCUUAUUGCAUCGGGUGAAUCUGUUGAAGUUGGCACAGCAGUUAAUUUUACUGCGAUAGUUAAAACUGGCAGCGACAUCACCUAUAAAUGGACCACAUCUGAUAAUCACGGCACAACCAUUAUAACCAGCGAUCCAACAAUGUCUUACACUUUUAAUUCACUUGGGGAAUAUAAUGUCAAUGUCACUGCACAGAAUGGACUUGGACAGGAGACCGACUCUGUGUUAAUUACAGUUUUAUCUGUAAUAACUGAUUUGCAAAUUGCAGAUUGUUGUGAAGCAGGGUAUCCAACCAAUGAGAUGAUAGACUUCAGUGCAACUGUUGCUACGGGAUCAGAUGUGAGCUAUAAAUGGAAUCUAACUAUAAAUGGUAACAUUGAUGUGUAUUAUACUCAGAAUAUCAAACAUAAAUUUGACACCCCUGGAAAUUGCACUAUCGAGCUGACAGCAACCAAUGCCAUAAGCCGUGAUUUUACACAGUACGUCAUCAGUGUGCAAGAGAAGAUAUCCAACCUUCAACUGCAGACAAGUGGUAUUGAAUCAAUGUACGUCGGAUAUAAUGUGACAUUUGUUCUGAAUGUAGACACAGGAAGUGACAUCAUCUAUGUGGUGGAUUAUGGGGACGAGACUAAGGAAACAAGUACGCAUAAUGUUUUUACACAUACUUACUCUAAUAUUGGGACUAAAACCGUUAUAACGAGUGCUCAAAAUGAUGUGAGUUCAGAACAGUCUUCUACCUCUAUCAGAAUAAGAAAACUGUGGUGUCAGGAACCAACUUUGACACUGAUUGGAAGCUAUCAUCGCCGCAUAGAAAGAUCUAAUAAUAUCUUCAUUGAGUACGACAUUGAUUUACACCAAUGCAUUCAAUACACUACAACUUACGAUUGGAAGGUGUUUGCAACGAAUGACGUCCACUGCAGGAAUCUAGAGGAUUUAGAGCCGGUGGAUUUGCAGAGGUUGACGAUCACAACGUUACCGCACUUGAACUUAAAGAGUCAUAGCCUUGACUACGGAGAGUACUGCAUACAGUUCACUGUGAGUUUCAAAGACACACCACACGUCAGCGUAGAAAGUUCAAGAUUAAACGUGGUCGAUAGUCCGUUGGUGGCUAUAAUCAAUGGCGGCAGACUUCGUACAAUUUCUGCCCUUGAUAAGUUAACUCUUGAUGCUAGCGAAUCGUAUGAUCCUGAUGAGCGUUUUAAAGAACAGUCCAUAUUAAACUAUGAAUGGAACUGUACUGUCCAACAGGUACAAUGUUUGUCCGAAACAGUUACCGAUAUGAUAGUGGAAAUACCUGCAGGGUUUUUGACUGGUGGUAGUAGUUAUAUCUUUGAAUUGGUUGUCAGUAAACCUGGCAGAACAUCAGGAACAUCUAAGCAGACAGUAAUAGUGAGACAAACGACACAACCUUCUGUCACUAUCACAUGUCGUACAUGUUUCCUACAACCGACCGCUUCAAUAAGUCCUAGCUACCGCGUGUCUUUGCAAGGUCGCUGUUGGAAUUGUUUUAAGAAACACGUGAAAUAUGAAUGGAAUGUGACGCGAGACGACGGAGCAUAUCUGGCACUAAAUUCCGAGACUACAACGACAGGUGGAGAAUCAUCAAAUCUGGUUAUCAAGAAGGGAGCAGUUACUAGUGGGUAUGGGUACACAUUUACGCUAACAGUAACGGCGACAGAUGACUCAUUCAGCUCGCCGGGAAUGGCAGAAAUGUUCUUACCACCAAAUUAUCCGCCAAGUAAUGGGGAAUGCGAAGUACAACCUCGCAUAUCAACUGCGUUAGAAAUGUAUUUGAGUUUCAGCUGCAGGGAUUGGGAAGACGAGGAUAAUGUAGUUGAACCUCUGAUUUACUCUCUGGCGGUUAAUAGACUCUCAGAUGUUGACAGUGAACAAGAAAUUUAUAUUUUAUACUCGGGUUUGCGGAAAAACAAUGAAGUGACCACACCAGUAGGUUUAGAACUCACAGGAUAUGAGUUGACAGUCACUAUACUUGUGGAAGAUAAAUGGGGAACACAUGCUGUUGGGUACCAAGGAAAUGUGAUAGUGAAUCUUCCAGAGAUCGAAAAUGGCACCAUGUCAAUGUGGUUAUAUAAACAAGCCCUUGAAGACCUCCAAUACGUAAGCCAAACCAACGAUCCACAAAAAGUUCUCAGUUAUGCCACAGCACUAGUUACUGUUUUAAAUACUGAAAGCACCAAGACAGAUGUUCGUGAUGAAGACUUUUUUUACCGUGUUGAAACUCGAAGGAUGGUGAUUGAAGCUGUUACCGUGUUGAAAGUGGAUACUAUGUUGGUUGUUAUGCAGAUGUCUUCUGCACUGAAGCAGAGUACAGACAUUAUAUUGGAGUUGGCUGAAACCGAGACAAUAGACAUCAUAGCUGACACUAUCGAUGACAUAAUGUUCAUAUGUCAAGCAUUCCUGAACGAUGGACAAGAUCCUGAGGAGAUUCCGGCCAAUUCGAUUAUGACAAUCAUCUCAAAUUUACUGGACACUCUAAAUUAUUAUGAACAAAAUCCUGAUGAAGAACUUGCCAGUGAACUUGUACAUCACAAGUCUGUGAAGCGACUGACAAAGCAGGCCGAUCAGUUGAUCACCGAUUUGGUCAAUGCCAAAGUCACCCAUGAAGCUCCAAUUGAGGUUUUAUCACCGGGGAUACAGGGAACAGGUCAACGAACUACUCGGGCAACUGUCCUUGAUAAUCUUGAGUUGAAUGGGUGUGUUUUUGUUAUACCAGCUGGACUCUUUGAAAACAGUGAACCAAAUGCCGAGAUCUUAUCAGUAAUGAGAACGAAUAAUUAUAAUCCUUAUAGUUGGGGUAUAAGCGGCGAUCAUGACGUCACUUCAAGGGUGCCAACACUGCUGUAUUAUGACGAUGAUUUGUCAAGGUUAACAAUUAAAAACUUAGAGAAUCCCAUUAAAAUAUCCAUGUACAAAGCAUCACAUAGUUUCCAACAUGUUUCAGAGAGGAUGGAGAGCAAGUACUGUGACCCAACUGAGGAUAUGGAAUAUUUGUCGUUUCUGCUGUCACCAAAUGAUGCUGCGUCAGUGAUGAUAACUGAUCUCCCAACUGUCACCUUGCCAACUUCCAUGCACAUACAAGUGUUGUAUAAUGUUGUUAUGUCUAGGGAGUCUUCCAGUGAUUCAUCAAUACAUGUCUCCCUAGCAACAACACCUGAUGCUGAUUCAGAUGAUGUAAUUGAUGAGUUAGAUGUGGAUGAAGACGAUAUGGCCCCAGAUUCAGAUCAUCAACUUUAUACAUUCUUUAUCCACUCAAGUGAUUACAGUAGUCAUACUGAAUACUACUUACUGGUAACCAGUAAUUACGUGCAGAGCGUCAUCAACGUAUCAGUGGGUGUAUAUUUUACAACGUGUCAGUAUUAUAAUGAGACAUUGAAUGAAUGGGAGAGUACAGGGUGUAUUCCGGACGAACAGUCAGUCUACGUGUGUCCUUCCUGUCAAUGUAACCAUCUUACCUCAUUUGGUGGCUCCUCCGCAUCUUCUGCUGUCAGUUCCUAUACAGUGAUAAGAAACAGCGACUCCAAUCCGAUUACUGUGAUCACGUGCUGUGCACUCUUUGCUAUAUAUAUAGUUGCUGUGUUUAUCGCAAGAUGGAGAGAUAGUAUUGACUUGAGAAGAAUUGGUAUUAUUCCUCUGUGUGGCAAAGAAGCUUCAUUUAAAUAUGAAAUCAGCAUCAAGACGGGUAUGAAGCGUAGUGCUGGUACCACAGCCCAUGUGGGUGUCAAUAUCUAUGGAGCACAUGGUAAAAGUGGAACCCGACAUCUGAGUAAACCUAAUGCUUUCAUGCGAAAUAGUCUUGACGUAUUUCAGAUUGCAGCUGAUAUCAACCUUGGCGACAUUAAAAAGAUCCGUAUUUGGCACGAUAACACCGGUCUACAUCCGUGCUGGUAUUUGUCGAGAGUUGUUAUACGAGAUAUGCAGACUAAUAAGAAGUAUUACUUUCUUUGUGAACAAUGGUUAACUCUAACUGGUCAAGAAGGUGUGGUAAAAAAGGAGCUCACAUUGGCCAGUGAUAAACAACUUUCCAAGUUCUCAAGGAUUUUCUGGGCGGAAACAAGUCAUGGGUUUUCUGAAAGACAUCUGUGGUUUUCAGUAUAUGAAAGACCAGCGAAGAGUCGGUUUACCCGUGUGCAGCGAGUGACCAGCUGCUUUGUGUUGGCUUUUCUUCUGUUAGCAUUAAAUGCAAUGUACUAUGGUGAGAUUCGACCAGAGACGCAGUUCACUUGGUUGUCACUGGAUGAAUUGGUCGUUGGUGUAAUCUCAUCAUUGCUGGCGUUCGUCAUUAUUCUGGUUGUAGUACAGAUGUUCCAGCAUACAAAAUACAAAGUGUCUCUGGCUGACUAUAGUAGUAAACCUAUGACUGCUCAAACUGUUGAAAUGGAUGCAUUGUGUGAGUUAUCCCACACAGGGGGCUCCAGUCAAGGAGAUAUCUUAGCAGACAACAUGUCUCCAAGACUAUCGGAUCUGAGAGGCCUAGAGAAAGGUAAAUGGUGGUCAAAGGAAAGUAUACUGAGUUGGCCAGAAGAGUUGCCGCCGUAUGAAGGUUCCCAACGACGGCGGAAACUAGGAGGAGUCAAUAGGUUUUCUAUGAUGAGUGAUGAGAAUCAUCUUCGUGACAGAAGUACAAUACAAAGACAAAUAUACAGUAGUAAAGCCAAAACUGAGAGUUGGAAUACUCAUGAUGAUGAAUUGCUUGAUGAAUUAAUGCAAAGUCUGGAUGACAUUCCCACCGUAUCACAGCGUGUCACACGUACCGUCUCUAUGAAACCAAAUGUGUCAAGUAUUUCAAAAAAUAGUUUCAAUCCAAGAGCUGACCCUGAUUUGCCACAUACAAGAGGCCCGAUACUUAUCAAGAGUGAAAGCAAACACUGCGACGAGUCAGUAAAUGACACAGGUAGCACCGAUGAGAAUUAUACGGCUAUGUCUACAACUAUGAGCACACUGGAAAGUUACAGAGCUACAAAUACUGUCUCCAGAGAUAACUUAUUGAAAGCUGCAGAAGACAGGAAUUCAAAUAAAAGUCGAGCACAGAGUAAGACAAGCUACAGAAAGAAGCCAAGUAGUAAAAAGUGUGGUUUACCAUCUUGGUUCCUGUAUAUCAACUACCUAGUGUGCCUUCUACUAGUUGGGACAUCAUUAGCUGUAGUAUUGUAUUACAGUCGUUUAUUCACUGUAAACCAGUCGUUACAAUGGAUUGUAGCUGUGGCCAUUGCGUUCGCUGCAUCCAUCUUCAUACUAGAACCAAUUAAGGUGUUAUUCAUAUCAGUGUUUCGAGCACUUCUACGCAAGCCGUUGGAUGACUAUGGUGAUGAUGAAGUCAUUGACAAUCAUAUUAUCGAGAACAUGGAAGGAGUGCAUCGCAGUAUUCGACCACCGGGAGGAUACGCAUUAAUUCAGGCCAAGGAGGAAGCCAAAAAGAUCAACAUGAUGUAUACAUUGUUGCGACAGUUCAUCGUCUGGGUUCUGUUUUUGUCUUUGAUUUUAUUGAUCAAUUUCACAGCAAAUAAUAAAACCGUGCAGUAUUCCCAAACUUUGAAGUUGAAUAACACCUACGUAACUGCCAGAUAUGACUAUGAGUACAAGAAAGAUUUCCUGAGCAUUAGAGUAGCUGAGGAUUUUUGGAUUUGGUCAAAGAAUAUUUUGGCCAGAGGGUUACAUUCAGUGGAAUUAGACCCCUUUGAUCCUGAAGAAGGUUAUACAUAUGGGUUUCCAAUAGGAGUGGCUAGACUGAGACAACUCAGAACUCUGCCUGUUGGUUGUGCGAUAUAUAGCAAAUACAGUGAUGCUGACUUACAUGACACGUGUAUUGAUGACGACAAUAUGGAUACAAACAACUACAAUGAAGGAUGGACUUACGACAGCACCACUAAUCAGACAUGGCUUUACCAGACCGAAGAACAACUUGAUGGUAUGUCGUUUAAAGGGUACACUAACACAUACGAUGGAGGCGGAUACGUACAACAUCUUGGGACUACAUACUAUGAAACAUUAGACGUACUGAACUAUUUACUAGCGAAUAAAUGGAUUGAUAGGUGGACAUCUGCUGUGUUUGUAGAGUUUACAGUCUACAAUAGUAAUGUGAAUCUGUACAGUGUCUUAACAUUGCUUGUGGAAUUCCCCGCUUCAAGUGGAGCUUUCCCAUCAUCUUCGAUAAUGACUGUUAACCUGACUUAUUCAGGACAAAUCAGUGCUUCCACGGUCUUCAUGAUGCUCUUAGGCAUAUUUAUGGUUUAUUUCAUCAUCCGAGAAAUCCUCAACAUGAAGGAGCUUGGGUUGAGUUAUUUUGCAUCUUUGUGGCACUGGAUAGAUCUGGCUAUUAUCAUACUCUGUCUAAGUUCCAUUGGAAUGUACAUCUAUCAACAAGUAUAUACAGCUGAAGUUAUCAAUCAAUACUUUGCACAUCCUGUUAGAUUCACUAAUUUCUACCGUGCCGUCUACUACAUUGAAGUUGUUAAUACACUAAAUGCCAUUAUAAUGUUAUUAGUUACUCUGAAGUUGUUACGACUGCUCCGUUUUAAUCGAAUGAUGUCAACGUUCUCAAGAACUAUGUCUGAGGCCGGUAGAUAUUUAUUUUGCUGUACAAUGAUAUUUGUGAUUGUACUUUGGGCAUAUGUCCAGCUCACCUACUUGGUAUACGGGUCAUUGAUUUGGGGUUUACACAGGUUGGAUGCAGGAAUGGGAUUCCUGCUAGCACUUAUGAGAGGACCAUCAAUUAACAUCGAUCUGUGUAUCCAGUAUUACCCGAUUUUAACACCAUUUAUCUUCUCGUUCUUCUGGUUCAUCUUCUGCGUGAUCAUAGCCGCUUUAUUUGCAGCCAUCAUGAUUAAUAGUUAUAAGGUGUCUAAGAGAAGAUCAACCAGACACACACUGGAAUUCCAAGAUUAUGAAAUGAUUGAUUUCAUGAUGAAAAGAUUCAAACAGAUGGUUGGAAUUGCGAAAGUCAAGCAAUACCGUCCAAAGGUGAAAUUCCGCGGCUUUGAGUCAUUAUCAUCACGGUCUACACGUUCCAUGUGUAGUACUCGUCAGUCUUCGCGCAUAUCUUCUGCAGGUUCAAGUUCAGGAUUUCAGUCUCUAUACAUGGAACGUUGGUGGGACCCUGAACAGAUGACUGACAUACUUCAGAGUCUGAAUCCAGCUGUUGAUGUUAUACUCGCAAAGUUUGAAGUACUGGAUCAUCUCGCUAUGGAAGAAGAAAAUCUUGUGAAAUACUGGACAGAUGUAUAUGCAAUGAGGAAAAAAAAUACUGUUCAACAUAAAUCUGCUUGUAAAGGACAAGUUAAAACUAAAACUGUGAAUAUCGAUUGUAAACGACGCCGAGUCAGUGUGCCUGAACAGCCAAAUAAAUCGACAAAGGGCGCUGUGAUAGUAGCUGGACGGCCAAAAAGCGAACAGUGUGGUCGCAGUGGAGAGAGCAGUGGUGUAAAGAAACCCGAUAGUGGGAAAUCGCACCGCACUGCUAAGAAAGCUUGGUAG